AUGGCUUCGUCUUUAGGGGGACCAGGAAUGGCGUCGGGUGUUCCGUCACCGCGAAGAGUCAACCUGGAAUUUCCACCGCCUCCACCUUACCCACCGCCUCACAGUCAGAUGGCCUGCUCUGGAUUGGUGGAUCCUGGACCGGUAGCAUCACCCAUAGCGAGUUCUACUCACCAGCAUCCCCUUCAGGAUUAUUCAUACGCUUACUUCGAACCUGGCCCGAGUCGGCUGCAUGGCACAUAUCCGGCGGAAGUUGGCCUGAAUCGUGUGCAGCCGCAGCAACAGCAACAACUGCGCCCGGAUUCGUUCAAGAGGCAUACGUACAUGACACGAUACGGGACGGAGGAGAAUAUUUACGAGGAGAUAUCGGAGAUCAAGUGA